AUGAUUCCGGCUGGAUUCGCUGGUUCUCCAACACCACAGGCCGAAAUUAUGGGCGCGGUAUGUGGACGGCACCUUCGUCGUCAUCGAACGGGAUCAGGUGCCGAGUUCAAGAAACGUCCCAACAGCGUCUUCCCGGAAAUCCAAUUUACGAUAGAGGAAGAAGAGAACAACCAGCUGCCCUUUCUUGAUGUCCUCGUCUGUGGCAAAGAUUGCGGUGGUCUAAAGCCGUAA